CCUGCUGGCUUCGAGUUAACUCGGCGAGCUCUUCGAUCGGGAUCCUGCACGGAUCAAACAUUCGGUCAUUUUGGUGAACCUGUGCGAGCGGACCGGUUUCUUGGAAGCACGUUUCCCGUCGGACUUCCUGUCUUUUUCCGUUUCCGAAUCGAAGAACACCACUGGUCACAUGGCGAUCGGUUCCGAAAACUCAGUGGCGGUUCUUAUACGCACUUGGACCUUCAUGAUAAUCUUUUGUUUCGCGGGCUAUGCAGCUGGAUCUUGUUUAGAGUAUGGACAUUCGUGUUGGGGAGGUCAUGGGAAACGAAGCGGAGGGCAUAGCAAUGCAUAUUUAGUACCGUCAAAAACAUCGAAUGAAAUACAACAAGAGAUACCGUCGCUUGCAAAAGAACAAUUCAUACUUUCCCGUUUGAUUGAUCGACCAUCGAUACCUAAUAAAUACAAAGCAAGAUGGGACAGACUUCUCAAACUAAAAACUAGUUUUCCAGAGAGUUGGGACGGUGAUGCGUUUAACGCACAACUUAUUAGCGAUGAACCCAGUCGGGAUCAGAAUAAUAACGAAGACAUGAAUCUGGGAAAAAGGAAACAAAGCAACAGCAUGCAAGAUAUAACUGGAAAUACCAACGGCGAAAGGAGGGAAAUUCCUGAGAUACUAUUGAUAUCGAAUAACGAGGACAAUCAACAUGGUAGUAAACCACAGAACGUAGAGUUGUUCAAGUUUCUGAGUGAUACAAACGGUGAUUUCGAAUAAAACAACCGAGCAUUACUAUAAAAUACAUAUAAUGUAAAAUAGAAAAUUGUCAUAAUCGUAUUGUAACUGGACUAAUAAGAAUAUCGUUUAAGCUAA